AUGUUUUUGAUUAGAUUAAAUUUAACUUGACAAAAUGAGAUGCAGUUAAGCAUAAAACCAGAAGUGCAGAAAAAAUAAUAAUCCAUCUCCUUCCUUUAUUGCUCACUUGGCUGAAACAUCUAGUAAUAAACACAAAUCUGAAUAACAAAAUGUCAAACAUUAUAAACCAGUGUUGUACAUAUAAGCUUAUGAAUUGCGAUUCAUAAACUCUGGAGAAGUUACAACCAAUAUUCAUCUAUGUCAGUGUUUUUGCAGCUGCUGUCAUAAUAGUAAUUUAGUUCCCCUUCUGCAUUAAAUGAAAUAUAAUAAUGCCCCAAUCUGGUUUGUUCAGGUGGUUGCCCAAGCUGUGCACGGAUUACCUAAAACAAAUAAGGAAACAGUUACUCCCAUGCUUCCUAUGUAAACAUGGCUUAAAUGAGGAAACGAUGUAUUUCUACUCUACCCAUAUCUGCACAGACAUAAAUGUUUAUUCAAGUGACGUCGCUGAGAACACUGUUUGUUUAACAGGGGUUAUAAAGCUCGACGGCUCCUCCACGUGAGGACCAAAACAGUGUGUAGCCUCGGAUCAGCAAUAUAUUUAUAUAUAUAUGUAUAUGUAUAUACAUAUAUAAAGGUUUAGUGGAGGGGAUUUGAGUCUACGAAAACUAAUCUUAAGAGGAUGAUUUGGAAACUGGUUCAUUUUAGUGCUCUCCUUCUUGGAGCACUCACAUCCCCAACUCCAUCUUCAGCCCCCAAUAACACUGACGAAGGACCCUGUCUCAUUGACAACUCUGGACACACUGCAGACUGUCUGGGUAAACAGCUUGAAAGCGUCCCAUGGAGACAAUUUCCAUCGACACUGGAAGAAAUAGAUCUCUCCUACAAUAAACUCCAAGCUAUCCAUGCUGACGAUUUCCUCCAUCUCCCUCAGCUUCACAUCCUUAAGCUGCAGUUCAAUAACAUCUCGUACAUUGACAAUGAUGCCUUUAAAAACAACAGACUGCUAGAGCAUCUGAACAUCUUCAAUAAUUCACUGCAAGAAAUUCCUGCCACAGCUCUGAUUCCUCUUGUGAAUCUGAAAGAGCUCUACAUGUCUAAUAACCUUUACAAACAUGCCACUUUGGCUGACAGCUUCUCCAAAUUUGUCAAACUCCAGGUUUUGUCUAUGGGUGGCCCUCUGGUGAUGGGUCUAAAGAAAGCUGACUUUCAACCUCUGAAGAACACCAGGUUACAGGGUUUUGCCAUCAAAUGUUCCUCCAAUCUAAGUUACUAUGAGCCUGGAAGUUUAGAAGCCAUCCAGACAAAUCAGAUGGGGUUCGAUAUGGCUAUAGAUCAACUGCCAAAUGCUCUUCUUCACAUGCUACGGGACCUCGCCAACAAGACCUUCGGCGUCAUCCAGUUCCGCAAUCUCUUUGAGUUCACGUACUACACCGGAGAGGAGGACAUCUUUCAGGGAUUACAAGACGUUACAGCCGGUCAGGUCAUCUUUCACAGAGGGAAAUUCAACGAGAAUCUCCUGAGGAUGGCUUUGAUGAACUUACAAAUUGCCCCUAUCAAAAGGUUGAGACUUCAGUACAUUGACUUUGCCCGUUCAGCCACAUUUGUUGAUAGCGGAGCAGGUUCUAGCAUCACAGACCUGGCACUGGACAAUCUGGACCUUUGGUAUAUCAGCAAUCCUGAUGUGCUGCGAUUCGACUGGCGCUUCACCUGGCUCAACAAAAUUAAGAAACUGUCCAUUCAGUACGUGUACUUCAACUCUGUGCCUUGUGAUUCCUGGAUUGAGAUGGUAGGCGUGCAGCUUCUGGAUGUUUCCAACAAUCGACUAGAGAAUGAGUACAUCUUCAACCAGCGGUGUCAAUACAAGGGCGCCAUGCCAAAUCUUCACACCUUCAACAUGAACAAUAAUGAUCUGACAAGUUUAAAAGACGUGUCAUCGUUAACGAGGGAGUUCCAGCAGCUGCAGGUGUUGGAUGUUAGCAACAAUAAGCUGGGAUCUGCUAAAAACAGUCGGGACUGUGUUUGGCAAAAAAAUAUCAAUCGGUUUAUCGCUCACCACAAUCAAUUUGAAAGUGAGGCCCUCCGUUGUCUUCCCACCACAGUGCAUUACUUGGACCUGUCCUAUUGUGAACUGGAUCAGCUGGACAUGACAUACUUUGAGAAAGCCACCAGCCUGAAAGAGCUCCUGCUGUCUGGGAAUAAAAUCAAGUUCAUCCCAUCAAAGUGGAAAAGUCCGUCAAUGCAGUCGCUAGCUUUGGAUGGGAAUUCGUUUGGUCUAAUUAGUAAGGAAUCUUUCCAAGACAUGCCUCAACUCUCUCGUUUGAGGGCAGGGAACAAUCCUUACCAUUGCACUUGUGAGCUCCAUGCUUUCGUCGAGGACACAGUGUCCAAAGGAAAGGUCAACCUCACAGACUGGCCUUGGAACUUCAGGUGUUACCACCCAGAGGCCUUCCUCAACACAUUCAUAUCCAAAUACUUACCAAGUCGAGUAGCGUGUGAUAUCAGACUGGUUAUCAUCAUCUCUGUUGCAACAACUGCUGCCGUCAUCUUGAUAUUGAUGAUGAUUUGCUAUAUUUUUGACCUCCCGUGGUACACCAAAGCCACGUAUCAGAUCAUCAGGGCCAAAUACAGAGCUCACAAGGAAAAACUGGCAGGGGAAGUAGGGACUUUUACUUAUCACGCCUUCAUAUCCUACAGCCACUCUGAUGCAGACUGGGUGAGGGAUCAGCUCUUGCCCUGUCUGGAGAACAACAGGAACCCCUAUCGACUGUGUAUUCACGAGAGGGACUUCAUGCCAGGAAGGUGGAUCAUCGAUAACAUCAUUGACAACAUUGAAAACAGCCGUAAGGUGAUAUUUGUCCUCUCCCGGCACUUUGUUAACAGCGAGUGGUGCAACUAUGAGCUUUACUUCGCUCAGCAGAGAGCAAUGGGAAAGACCUUUAGUGAUGUCAUACUCGUGGUGAAGGAGCCCAUCGAUCCCAGCUCUUUGCCGAGCAAGUAUUGCAAGCUUAAGAAGAUGCUGAGUACCAAGACGUACCUGGAGUGGCCCCAGCAGGUCAACCAGCAGGCGUUUUUCUGGUCACAGCUGAAGAGUGUUCUGGGCAAGCCAACAAUGACACGAGAGGGGGCGCACAGUAUUAAGAGCAGAACCUCAUCUGUGGGAGCCAUUUCUGUCAUUGCGCCACCCGUGGAGGAUAGGCCAGAAAUAGCAGCACCUAAUGCAGACAGAGAAGAAGAGCCCAACAUUGAGAUUAUUAAGGAGGAUAACGAUGAGCAGUUAAAUCAGAGACAAAUCCCUCUGGCGGCAUUUUGACCAAAAGAAAAAAUAUAUAUAUUGUACGCCAGCAUGUCAUUAUGAUGACACAAAAAUAACCCCAGUCCCUCCCUGCCCAUGGCACUCAUGUCAUGUUAUCUUUCAAGGGCUAAGCUGAUGCCCUCUGCUCUACUCACCCCCCUGAGCAUCGCAGGCCUAGUGUCCUGCUGACAGGCGCUGAAAGGCCACAAACUCAAUGGCUCAAAUGAGAUCUCCCAUGUUGCACUCCGGGUAACAAGCGAGGUGCCAGGAAGAUGUGGUGACAGGAGCCACAUUGUGAAAAGACCGUGUUCUGUUACCUUCUUGGCCGUCAGAGGUACGAGAGCAUUAAUGUUCCACAACUGAUGUUCCAGGGCCGAGUCAAAGGCCACACGAUACCAGUGAAAUACAAAGUGUUUUUGGGAGAUUGGCUGGGAACAUAAAACUCAAAAUCAUCAUUCACUGGAUUCAGCACUCCAUGCUGAAGCGAUAGUUGGUUCUGUACUUUUUUGUGGAAAAGAUGUUGUUUUAUGUUAAUGAUUGAAGCAUGCCAUGCACAGUAGGCUCUUGUAAAUAAGAUUUUUUAUUGUAACGCUUUGGAAAACAGUUGUUAUGUAUUGAUGAAUUUGAGUUGAGUUGAGCUCACGCUUGUCUUGUAAAGCUGUGUUGGGAAAUUUCCAAAUGUGCUCUUUCUUUGCACAUUCAGUACCGAGUUAUUAUUUUGUAGCAAUUAUUAUUUUUUAUUUUUUAUCUGGGAACCUUGAGUUUAUGUGUGAGGCUAUUUGCAGCAUUUGCAAAUGGCCAGUAGAUGACACCCUUGAACAUAUAGAAGGAGAGAGAGAGUUUUUUUGAACCACAGAAACAUGUCAGGAAUCAAUGACGACUCAUAUAUUUGCAUUUACAGACCGCUUAUAGCUGCAUAUGUGAAAUGCAUUUUCUGAUUAUCAAGCAUUCUGCCAUGGGUGCAUACAAUGAAAGAGUAGUUUGAAGUGUUGUGCACAGAAUCGUAAACUGAUUUUAUUACACGUGAAGUGCUGGACAUUCAUGAGGUUUACGCAAUAUUGUGUAUUAUUAUGUAAUUAAAUAAAAAACUGCUUUAGUCA